AUGGCGGCCCAACUCACACCCCGAAAUUUAAUGAGCUCCUGUCAGUUCGGACUCUGCGUUCUGCUGGUGUCCGUGUUUCUGGCUGGACAGACAGACGGCGCCGUGGACAAGACUAUAUGUGACCCAGCUAAAUACAAACAGGAUGCAGCUUCAAGGCCAGGUCCCGCCAAACCUAAACUUCCCCAGCAGUUCACGACGAGAGUGGAGUGCAACAUCCGCGACAAGGGCUACACCAUCGACCUGAAGGAGUACUACGACUACGUCAACAACCGCGGCACCGUCGAGGCCUGGAAGAACGACACGCGAAUCAAAGCGAUUUACGACUACACCAACAACGAACUCCUCAUCUUAAACUACCCUAGCCUUGCUGGUAACGGUAUCCCAUCAUGCACCGUCAGUACGCUGUCCACCAGCAAGCAGAAAUUUCUUUUUGGUUUGAGUACAUCAACGUCAGGAUCUGAGCAUAUAUACUCAGCGGCUGGUGCUCUAAGAUUCGGGAACGGACAAACGGAAGUGUACAAAGGACGGCGGACAAUAAGGGACGGCACCGUUUGUGACGUAUGGGACAGCUGUUUGUAUGUCCCACGAAUGGACGGGACAUUCUAUGUGAGCUGGGCAUUCAGUGCUGUUAAUAACUGGACUUCCGCUACAGCAGCUUCAGUUCCGGUUGAGCUGCAGUUGUCUGGCGUGGUGAACAAGCCGACUCGACAGAACAUCAGCAAUUACUACGAGUUUACCGACUUCCGGCCGUAUCUGCCCAACGACUCAAGCGCACUCGAGACUGACCCGGGAACAUACUGUAAAGGUCGAGUUAUGGGGCGACCUCUUCCCAACGUGACGUCUCGCUUCCGGUUCGAAUCCGAGCUCGUCGAACUCAGCAACAACUACGUGAACUGGAUCAAGGAGUAUUACGACUAUGACCUUGGCCUUGUGAGGUAUGACUAUAAACCCGAUCCAAAUAAUCCGUCCAAGUUCGGCAACAACAAGAUGACCCGAGUCCAUGACUUCUUCUCAGGCGUGGCCUACAAUUUAGACCCAAUGAUCGGCAACUGUACCAUCACGACCAUUGAUGCUUUUGGGUUUGACGCUAAAUCUAAAGACAAGUCGCAUGUGCGCAUGCGUACCCAGAAAGAGUUUUUUUAUUUCGACAAGACUAAAUAUGAAUAUGCCGGCAAGAGAAUGGCGCGAGACAUUGACUGUGACGUGUACGUUGCCAUUAGACACGACUUCCCUCCAGGAUAUACUGGUGGAUUGAAGACGAUUUGGGAGUGGUACUUUGCAACGAGCCAGUGGAUGGAGAGCGUUGGCUACCUGUACGAAUUCGGACUUCCCGUCAAGCUUCAGAUCACGUGUCCUGAUGACCCCACCAUAAACAUGAUCUACAACAUCUACAACUACGACGAAGAUAACCCGAGAAUCUACCAGACCGACAUCAGUGGUUGUUUCAACCACACCGCACAGCACAUCAUCCAGUUCGCAUUUCCAGGCACAUUUGAAAAGGACGUGUCACGUGACCUGCAAGGAUUCAAGCUGGCCGUCCUACAGCAGAUCGUGGCCACGUGCUCUAUUUCUCCUCUGCGCGUUAACAACAUGCAGGUUGACUACUACCAGCACGGGAUCAUCAUCUCGUUCACGAUGCUCGACAAACCGCCGAUUCAGGGCGACACCCACGCCAACACGAUGGAGGUGCAACUCGGAGACGCCGUCGCCAAACUCCGGAUCACCGUCACAACCGGACAGUUUGUCGUCGCUCUCAACCCAAACAUAUUCAAAGGGGUGAAGCCGCUGGUAGCACAGCCAUACAGCGACAACGGGGACGUCGUCGUCAACUACUACUACGGCAAUCAACCGCCACCUCAAGGCUACAGUGGAGGCGCCAUGGCAGGACUUGCAGUUGCUAUGCUGUUGAUAAGUUUUCUUAUCGGGUUUGGUGUUCUGUUUGCCAUAAAUAAACUGAACUUGUUCGGUAGGAAAAACGUGGAAGGUGGUCUUGGGUUCGAACCGAGAACCUACGAAAACACGAAGCAAGCAGUGGCUGAGGAACAUAACGCUUAGUUUGACGCAAAUCUGAGUCUUAUAGACUGGUCGCCCACAUUGCAGCGUUUUAAAAAAAAUCUGGCGACCACUCUACUCCUAUUAAAGGGACAUUCCUGAGUUUGCUGCAUUGUAAGGUGUUUCCGACUAAUAAAAUAUUUCUACGAUUAAACUUACAUAUUA